CUGGUCUCAGCGUAGACUACAGCACUGCAGCUCUCCAUCAUGGCGCUUGUGAUCGGACGCUUGUGGAAAGGCUUUGGUGUGCGCGCGGCGGACCGGGACGGAGCGUGCAGAAUGACAGCGGUACUCCUUCGCUCCACACCGCGCGCCGUGUCCGGUCCGCGGCUCGGCGGCACCGCGGCAGCGGCGCGACGCUACAGUUCUGAUCCAAAGGACGACCUGAGAGUCCGGUAUCUGGACGGGGAGGACACCGGUAUUGUUGUUGUUGGGAUAAAUCGACCAAAAGCCAAAAAUGCCAUCAGCAAAAAUCUUGUGAAAAUGAUGUUUGACGCUGUGGAGGACAUUAAGAAGAAUAACAAGGUUCGCAGUGUGAUUUUAUGCAGCUUGGUUCCUGGCAUCUUCUGUGCAGGUGCAGACCUGAAAGAGAGGGCCAAGAUGCACCAGAGCGAAGUGGGACCAUUCGUAUCCAAGGCCAGAGCCCUGAUCACGGAGCUGGGAAACCUUCCUGUACCAACGAUUGCUGCCGUUGAUGGCGCGGCCUUAGGAGGAGGCUUGGAGAUGGCUCUGGCGUGCGACAUCAGAAUCAGCUCCAACUCUGCUAAAAUGGGACUAGUGGAGACGAAACUUGCAAUCAUUCCCGGAGCAGGUGGGACGCAGCGUCUCCCGAGGGCGAUCGGCGUGUCUCUUGCCAAGGAGCUGAUCUUCGCUGCCCGGGUGGUGGACGGAGCAGAGGCGUGUCGUCUUGGACUGGUCAGUCAUUCUGUGGAGCAGAACGACAGCGGAGAUGCUGCGUACCUGCGGGCGCUGGAGCUCGCUCGGGAGAUCAACCCUCAGGGUCCAAUUGCAAUAAGGAUGGCAAAACUAGCAAUCAACCAAGGAAUAGAGGUGGAUUUAUCUACAGGUCUGGCCAUUGAAGAGGCUUGUUACGCCCAGGUGAUCCCAACUAAAGACCGACUGGAAGGCUUGGCUGCCUUCAAGGAGAAGAGGCGUCCUUAUUACAAGGGGGAGUGAGGCCUCAUUUGUUCCAGAAACCACCAGAGACCUGAUUCCACUGCUUCCAUCCGUUUCUGGAUGAAACUGUUCACAUCAGUGCAUCCACCUGAGCAGUACCUGGACUCAGUGGCUGGCCUUCCAGCCACAUUUAAGGAAUAAAAGGGGGUGUGUCAGUUACCUGAAACCAGAAACUAAACCAGCUUCCUGUAACAAAACUUACUGUGGUCACUAACAGCAGCCUCCACCAUCACAACCAUCCAUCAGAUGAUUUAUUCUUUACCUUUUCUAAAUAGAAAUGUGUGUUUUUAUGAUUUGUUUGAAUAAAGUGGGAAGUUGCAGCUUUCUUACUAACAACACACAGUGUGUAAGCAAUAUCAUCAUGAUUAUGUCAUUUUUCCAAAAGCCGGAGCUCCUGCCAGCGCACCAUAACAUCAAAAGCUUCUUCACAGUGUGGUACCAGAGCCUUCCCAAAGCCUGAUGCUGAUCCUGACGGUUCUGACCCAGCUCAAACUGCAACCAUCAUCCUCCCUGACCGGCCUUUUUUCUGUACAGGGUGUUUUCUGUGUUAAUGCUUUUGUAAAUCAUUGUCACAUCUCAGAAACUUUGACUCUGAGAUGAGGCCACGACAGCGACCUGAAUAAAGACACAGAUCUGAGAAGA